AUGUCUCUGCACGCUGCUGCCUUUGGCAUGAGUGGCAGACCAGAGCCAGAGCUGCGACCGCUACUGCCACACGUGUCUAGAACGCCAAGGCUCGGUAGGCGACGACCGUGCCCCUCUUCAGCCACUGAGAUUAAGUCUUGUCCGCGUCCAGGACCCGACGAUGACACCAUGGAAUAUUUCGUUGAAUAUUUGGAUGAAGUCCAAGAAGUUUUGGAUGUCAUCCAUGUCAUGGAGGUAGCGAGGGUGGGCAGAAACCAUAGACGGCGACGCAUAUUUAGGCAGCGGAUCGAUCCUUUAGAGGUUUUCACCGACGACGAGUUUACAGCAGUUAGGGUUGCACUCCGUUACCUGGCAACAGAUGAUUUGCAACUGACUGUUGGAGACACGGCAGAUAUGUCACAGGCAAGCGUUUGUCGAUCAACCAAGAGGGUUACCUGUGCCAUCACCACCAUUGCACCACUAUACAUAUGGUUCCCUACCCCAGCAGAGGAGACUACUGCCAUGCAGGAUUUCUCCAUCAUUGCAAACAUGCCAGGCUGUAUUGAUUGCAUUGAUGGUACCCUCAUCCCCAUCAUAGGACCUGGCGGUAAUGAUUCCGAGCUUUACCGGUGUCGCAAAGAUUACUUUGCCUACAAUGUAAUGGCUGUGAAUUCUGCUUCACUUGCCAUUACUAGUUUGGUGGUAAACUGGGCUGGCAGUGCACACGACUCACGAAUAUUUAACGAGUCAAAUCUGUGCCAGACUCUUCAGGAGGGUCAUUACCGUGGGUUCCUUCUGCAGAGUGGGUAUCCGUGCCGGAGUUAUCUCUUCACUCCCAUCACUAAUCCAAGAACUGAAAAGAGGUGA